AUGAGUGCUUUGAGCAGAGAGAUGAAGUGUUCGUCGUGUUACGGCACACGAUUCAUAGUGGACCGGAACUCUAACUCCGGAGACCUUACGUGUGCCACUUGUGGUAUGGUUCAACUUGAGAAUCCCAUAGUCAGCGAGGUGCAAUUCGGGGAGUCGUCAGCUGGUGCGGCUAUCGUUCAAGGUAGUAUGAUAGGUCAUGAUCAGGUUCGGGCCAAUUUCGGAGGUCGGCUGAAUGGGUUAGAAAGCAGAGAACAAACGCUUUCUAACGGUAAAAGAAAGAUUAGAAGAGUGGCUGUUGCUAUGAAGAUUCCUGAUCGGAUAGCUGAAGCUGCUGGUCAGUGGUUUGAACUUGCAUUGACUCAGAAUUUCGUUCAAGGUAGACGGUCUCAAAAUGUAUAUGCAACAUGUCUUUAUGUGGCCUGUAGAAAGGAAAAAACCCAACACAUGUUAAUUGAUUUCAGUUCUCGAUUACAGAUUUCAGUUUUCUCUUUGGGUGCUACAUUCUUGAAGAUGGUAAAGGCAUUGAAUAUCUCGCAAUUACCCUUAGCGGAUCCCUCGUUAUUUAUUCAACAUUUUGCAGAGAAACUUGAGUUCAAAGAGAAGACAAACAAGGUCAUUAGAGAUGCUGUGAAGUUGGCUCAGAGAAUGAAUAAUGAUUGGAUACACGAGGGAAGACGUCCAGCAGGUAUAGCAGGUGCGUGUGUGAUGUUGGCUGCUCGUAUGAAUAAUUUCAGAAGAAGUCAUGCUGAAAUUGUUGCUGUGGCCCAUGUAGGUGAAGACACAUUACAGAGACGAUUGAACGAAUUCAAAAACACCAAAGCUGCAUCCUUGUCUAUACUGAGUUUCAGAAAUGCCAAAGUAAUAGAACGAGCAAACCCUCCUUCGUUUGAAAAGAAUAAAGUGGCUGCAACAAAGAUAAAGGAUUUCAUUAAUGAAAAGGAAGAAAGUCUCCAGAAAUUCCAGGAAUUGUAUAAAAUGAAUCGUUUAAAACUGCCAGGAGAAGAAGUAGAUUCAAACAGAUCCACAAUUGACCCUGAAAUUUUAGAACAUACAUCAAACCCUGAAGGUCAAACUACUAACGAGCACCAUCUACAGUCGCAACAGCCGCAACAACUGAGCCAACCACAAGACUUGUUUGUACCUACUGAAGAUACUCAAGCUCAAGCUCAAGCUCAAACUCAAACAGAAACAGAAACUCAAACAGAAACUCAAACAGAAACUCAAAGUCAGAUGUCUGAAUCAGUGGAUGAUGUAGAGAGUUUGUCUGGAGCACCAACAGGUUCGAAUCUUGAGAUGACACCAAAGGAAAAGCUUUUGAAGUCCAUUUUAAUGGAUUGCGAUUUAACUGAAGAGGAAAUCAUGAAGCAAUUAAAAGAAAUCGUAAAGAGACAUAAAAGGAAGGGAGAAAAGGAUAUGUAUGCUGCUCCUUCCGAUGGACUUGAAGUUUCAAGUUAUAAAGAAGUUUAUGAUCUUAAUCGUCCUCGUAACUUACUCAAAUACUUACCCAAGACCUCAGAUAUACUAGCCAAAGUUUCCGAUAAUUUAGAGGACAUAGAUGACGAAGAGCUUGAUGUUUUCAUUCUUGGACCUGAGGAGCAAAAGGUUAAGGAGCAAUUGUGGAUUGGUUUGAACCACGAUUAUUUGAUUGAACAGGAAAGAAGAAAGUUGAAGGAAGAGGCCGACGAAUUAACAGGAAAUACAAGCGGAUCUGCACGUAAGAGACGGAAGUACAACAGGAAGAAGGAACCAGGAUUAGAUGAAGAGUUUUCUGAUCAAUUAGGAGUAUCAGAUGCAAUUCAGGACAUUGGUUUGGAUGAAAAGUCCGGCCAACCUUUAUCGGCUGUUGACAGUGCCAAAUUAAUGAUCUCCAAGAAGGCAUUCUCUAAGAAGAUUAAUUAUCAAUCGUUAGAGAUUUUGCUUAAUGAUAAUUUUUCCAAAUCAUAG